AGCAAAUGGAGCAGGCUUGAGGGAAGAGGACAAAGGACUUGCACGAGAUAGUGAGUUUCUGGGGAGUCCCACCUCUAGGGAAGGAGGGCAGCGCUAACUCUACUCAGUGUUGGUUGAGGGCCUUUUCAACUACAUCAUGAGGACAAACACCGAAGCAACUCUGGAAAGCACCAGACCACUGAAUCCCACGCCAGCAGUGGCUCCACAGAAAGGCCGUCACAGGAAACCAAUGGCGGCCUCAAAGACUCCGAGUAGCAAGGCAUCUAAGAGGAAGAGAGCAUUGGUGAUUAGCGUGAUAGUUAUAUUGAUACUAGGCGUACUGGCCAUCGGAGCAUACUUCGUUAAACAGCUGAUUGACAGUAAAUACUUCUUCUGCACAAGCUCAGUGACGUUCAUCCCAAUAGAAAAGGCCUGUGAUGGGGUAAAAGACUGUUCUAGAGGAGAGGACGAAACAUCUUGCGUGUCACACUUUAAGGCUAACACUACCUUUCCAGUGCGUCUCGCGACAGCUCAGCAUGUCCUGCAGGUGUACAGAUCUAGCUUAGGCUGGCGGAGUGUGUGUAGCGACGACUGGACUGAGCAGCACACACAGACAGCAUGUACUCAACUGGGAUACACAUAUAAACCUCGUAGCACCAGCAUCCCAGUGACCACUUUAUCAUCUUCCCUGAAAGUUGGACCGUUCGCAGCUGUCAAGCCUGGGACUACGGCCACACUCAUACAUCAGGCUACAGUUGAUCUCAGCGUAUGCAAGUCUGGAUCUGUGGUGUCUUUGUCCUGUUCAGACUGUGGAGUGGUUGGCAUCCAGGACCGUAUUGUUGGGGGUGCAGAUGCCUACAUUGAGACCUGGCCCUGGCAGGUGAGCCUGCAGGAGGCUGGCCAACAUACAUGUGGAGGCUCACUGGUGUCCCCACGUUGGGUAGUCACUGCAGCCCACUGCUUUUCUGGCAGUAGAAAGGCACUGACUCACUGGAGAGUGGUGUCAGGCCGGACAUACCUGACCUUGACGGGAGGUUCUUAUGUCGACAAGAUCAUAGUGAAUGGAGACUACAAUGCGGCAUCAAACGACUAUGACAUAGCAUUGAUGAGACUCAGCAGCCCGAUCACAGUGGGAGAGUACCAGAGGCCGGUUUGCUUACCUCCUGAUGCCUUUAACCUUGCUGCUGGAUCUUCCAUGGCUGUGACUGGUUGGGGAUCCCUGCAUGAAGAUGGCAAGGUUUCCUCUUCACUUCAGAUGGCUGAGGUCCCUCUGAUAGACCGGGCUACAUGUUCUAGCUCCACAGAGUAUGGUAAUAUGAUAACACCAAGGAUGAUCUGUGCUGGCUUCCCACAGGGGGGAGUGGAUGCCUGCCAGGGGGACAGUGGGGGUCCUUUGGUGUACCUCACAUCUUCUAAAUGGAAUCUGGUAGGAGUGGUGAGCUGGGGUGUUGGCUGUGCCCGCAAAGAAAAGCCAGGAGUCUACUCCAACGUGGAAUCAAUGCUCAACUGGAUUUACACAGUCAUUGAGAAAAACCCCUAAGCUCCACCAUCGUGACAAGUGGACUGAGACAGAAGCGAGACUCCAGCCCACACUGCCUUGGUCACACUGAAACUAAAAUUAAGCCUUUGGUUUCAUUGGGGGUGACUGCAGCCAGGAGUCACAGGAAGAGAAAGGGGAAGUGCUUCUCAGCAGAAAUGCUGAUGGACUGUUAAACACUGCAAGCAUAAACACCACAUUUACACGUCAUGCACACACGCACACACAUUUCAUAUUAACUUUCUCAGGUGUUAUUUGUCAUUUCAGGUUCUUAUCUCAGGGGACAAGCAUUUUUAUGUACAUACAGGUGACCAUUAAAGGAAAAGCCAUAAAGUUCAUGUAACUGACCUGUAGUUGGUCACCUGUCUGUAGCUACUAGGCUUGCAGACUUCAGACAUAAUUUAUUUGAUUACUUUGUGCUAUGACUUUGAUGUGUGUUAUAAGGGUUUAUAUGGUAAACUUCUAAAUAAAGAAAGGUGACAGUGUAAACCAGUGCCAUACAAUGGUAGCAGAGAUCAGUGCGAAGCCUCAGGUUAAUAUCAUCAUUAUUGUUAGUGUUCAGAGUUUAAUGCAUUUAAGGCGUUGAUUGAGUUGGUCUGACAUUUGGCUCUGUUAACGGGCAAAUGCAUCCUUUUACAGCACAGAUGGUUUGUUUAGUACAGUUUCAUUUAGAUGAGCAAUUUAAGAAGAGUGAGUUACUUUCCUGUAUGCGCAGAUGAAUCAUGUAACUAUUCUAAUAAUGCACUGAAGACUAACUCAAAGACUGUGUUCAUAGUCCCUUCACAUUGCCUUCAAUGCUAAACAUACACUAUAAAUGAUACUUCCUCAAAUUUGAAUUUGAGUGAAAUGAAGUGUGGUACAGUAUGUUCACUUGUGCAUUCAGGCAAAACCCCGCCAUUAUCUCAUAAUUCUGUUUGCAACAAAGCAAAAGAAUUACUAGAAAAUGACAGACUUACACAAACUGUAUGACAUUACAGAACAGCUGGACAUGAAUGGCUUUGUGUCACGGCCAUUCAGCAUGUUGAGCGCCACAGUGAC